UUUUCGUUCCAGAAGGAGAUUAGCAGUCUGUUAAAUAGUCAAAAAAAUCGUAAAGGAACCAGCCUGGCAGAAAUGGAUGAGAAAAAGGAAUUCAAAAACUGCCUCUUUCUUUCUUUCGACUUGGAUUUGACUGGGAACAAAUUGUACGAAGAGAUGACGAACAUCGGCGUUUAUGGGAACAACGCGUCCUUUAAACAGUACGUUAUGCCGUACAGGGAUGUCAACGUGUACGCGCUCAGGAAAUCGCUUCUCAAGACGUCAAACCUCUACGAUUUUAGGGUUCUGAGGAACGUUUCCACCGGAAAGAUUGUACGAACUAAGACAGAGAUUUUUGCAUUGAAUGAUUUUCUGUCUUUCCUGGAAGCCCAGAACACAAAAAAUAAUGGUAUUUGUCUGAUGUGUUUUGAAGCAUCAAAACUAGUUCCUUUCAUAUUAAUUGAAGCACUUCGCAGAUACAAACUGUUUGAUCGUUUCAAAAAAACAGUACGAGCAUUUGUUGACUGUUUUGGUUUUGUUAAAGACAAAUGUUAUACGACCAUUCCAAAAUUUACUCUACAAACACUUGUUAAAAUUUUGUUGAAUCGUGAUAAUGAGAAGUUACAUGAUGCUCAUGAAAGAACUAGGCUUGUGUAUGAGAUUGUUUCACAUUUGAGUGAAGGUGAAAGUCAGAAUAAGUCACAAGAUUUAGCUUUGGGAGUACUUCCAUUUGUCACUUCCGUUGAUAAUGUCGUAUUGGAGUUAGAUAAACUAAAGGAUUUCCUUCAGAAACAAAAAUCUGUGACACCAAUUUUCAUUAAUCAGAUUAAAGUACCAAAUCUCCGAUUGAAAGCUCUCCGAUUAAGGAAGCUUUUAACAUCCACUGACAUAACGUAUGAUUCCCUUCAGGAAGCGCAUCAAGCGAAAGCGGAUCUAAAAGAGUUGGUCAAGCCAAAACUGGAUGAAGGAGUUCCUGAUAAAGAUGUCACUGCAUUGGUAUCAAUUAUAACAGCUCAUUUUCAGAAAUCCCUGAAUCUAAAACUUAAAGUUGAGAAUACUUUUAAAAAUAAAAACACCAAACAGCCACAAGGUAAUUCACAACAACUUGUUUAACGAGCUCAACCUCAAAAUCAGUAAAUUGUUUCAACAUAAGCAUAUCAAACAUAAUGAAAGAAAAAUAAAACAAGUGCCAUUAGUUGUUAACAUGUGAUAUAGUGUGAUGGUAAAAUACUAUUUUAACUUUUUAAGUUUUUUAUUCAAACUAAAAUUUUACUAAAUAUGUUUCUGUUUUAAUACUUAUACAAUACUCCUGUUAAAUGUCGAGAAAAAAUUCAACUUCAUUUAAAAAAACUUGACAAUCUUUGAAACAUUUAAAACCACAUAGAUUCGUAAUAAAUAACUUGAUGGUUAUUUAUGACCAUUGAAUAUUUUUGUAUUAAUUGUAUACAAGUAAAAUAUAAUCUGAAUAAUAAUUUUGUCGUUUUGUCACUUUUUCACAAAUUUGAAUUUUUAUUGUUUUUGAAUUACAUAAAUGUCAGUGAGUGACAAAGUGUGAUCAAUUGGUAGAGUUAGUUUGUUAUUUUACCAAAGAACUUAACCAGUCACUUAAUUCUUUACUUAAUUUUUUUAAGUAUGUUUUUGUACCGUACAUUUUGUUAUUUGAUCUUUAUGAAAGCCACAGUUUAAUAAACAUUUAACCACCACAGUAGGUUCUUUUUUUUUCAAGAAAAAAGCAAUCCACUCUGUUUAAUGAGGAGUUUGUUUUGUCUUUUUAAAUUUACAGUAAUUGUUUAAACCAUAUUUAGUUUUUUGCCUACAGUAUGUUAUAUUAUGUUCUUAUUUCAAGGAAAAAUAUCAACGAUCAUUACAGCUGUAGUUAAUACACUUUAUGGAAGUAAUUGACAUGUAAUUGUUAUUUGUUCAUUAAGUGAAUAUUAUCAAAAUGUUUUAUUUUUGUAAAAUGUAAUUCAUAUUUGAUAUUUCACAAUAUACCUUUACAGCUAGUUGGUAAAUUAGUCUUAAUAGUUAUAUUUUUUUCUGUAUUCAGAAAUUUAUGAGUAUUGUGUUUUUCUUAUUUUAUUAAGUUCCCAUUGAGUUACAUAUUUUUGUACAAGUGGAUUUUUGUUUGGUACUAUUUCCAUUUUUUCCCCAUUGUAAUAUUGCUCUCAGCAGUGUGUUGAAAUCAAGAUAAGUUUCUUUCUUUGUAUUAUACUGAAUAAUGAGGUUUGAUGAUAUUAAAUAAACAUUUCAUGUUUAUAUACUUUUUUUGUUUGUUAAAUGGGCAAUAUUACUUACUAAUGUAAUCCAAAUUUUACUUUAGUACAUGUUACCAAAAUUAGUUCACAAUUUUUAAAAAUAUACUUUUAUACUUACUGA